AUGAACGAUGCCCAACCGCCACCAGACUUCCCGGAACGCGACGAGCAGGGCAGCGGCGAUCUGCCUACAUACGAUGAUCUCGCCGUGCAACAUGGCCCGAACUCCAGAGCUGCCGAGCGAUACGCGGAUACCACCGCGGAGGAUCUGCAGCGGCGGAGGGCAAGAGGGUGGGGAGAAGUUCCCCGGCAGAUCGACGCACGGCAAGCAGAGCCUUUGCCUCCAGCACCGGGCUCGACGGCUUCGAACGCAGCCCGGUCUUCACGACCUCUUCCACCUACGCCCCGUCUACACAUCGAGACCGACCUCUCCGCCUCUGGCUCCUCCUCGACCACGCUUCCACCAAACAAGACGCCUAGUCUUCUCCCUGAACCUUCGCCACCCGUGACACUUAUCCCGGAGAUUCUGUCUCCUUCACGGCUGAAGCUAUACCAGUUCGGGUCUCGCUUCCUCCCUCACACCACCACCGCCAUACGAUGUCUCCUUCCACUGCUGAACGACCAGAUACUGCUGAUUGGCCAUGAAAGGGGUCUCUCCGUCCUCGACAUGUUCCCGCGUGAAUGGUCGGAUGAUGGACUCACGGAGAAAGGCCCGACGGAUGCGGAGGUGAGGCCGAUAUGGGAGGGCGAGAUAGUGUACCAGAUGUCCGGCGUUGUGCUUGCCCUCGUAGGUCCCGUACCGGACGAGACUUCGAAAGAACAGGAGGGGAUACGAACACUCCGGAUGUAUAACCUCGCUAGCCUAGUCAGUAUAGCCAAAUGGGCAAUUGCUCAAAAGGGUCAGCACACAUUGAACCUGCGACAGGCAGGCUAUGGCUCUGGAAAACACGGACUGUCCAAGAGACACAGACAACAAAGCAGCCUGACGAAGGGCCUCCGGAGCCUAGUGAUCGAGUCGCCCAUCGCGCAGCCGCAAACCCCUCCAGACUCUUCCGUCGAACCUCAAGCAUCCUACUCGGACCUCGCAAAUGCGCCCAUGUACUCAAAACGCCUCCCACCACGGCCUUCUGAGGAGCGGGCCGACUCGGAUGAUUCGCGGUCUUCUUGGGACGCCAUGGACGACAUGCAUGAUCUCCCGCUGCUUUGGGCCGCUCACUAUACCCCGCUUGCGUCCCCUGGCUCCCGCUUGCACAAUACCUCAGUGCUCUUCUACGAGUAUUACCGCAAUGAAAAUCAGCGUACCAGAGGCGGUGUACUACUCGCUGUGGCGACCAAAUCCAAUAUCUUCCUGUACGAAGCACCGAAAGGUGAACGAGCAUUCCACCUAGUCAAGGAGUUUUACACACCUCUGACAGCAAGAAGCAUAUCUUUUGUCCAGCAGUCCGUGCUCGACUCCAUGUCCCGCAGCGCAUCGGACGUUUCCCCGCGCAAAUCUGGUGUUUCGCGAGAUCGACACUCGCGGAUAGCCUCCUUAGGCCCUGACAGCUAUCGAUAUCCCACUCAGCUCAGCCUCUUCGUCAUCUUCGAGAAGAAAGCGGGGCUCAUUCGUAUCGCCGACUCGGCCGUCGGAGAGGUCGACUUGUACGAGGAGAGCGGGGGACUGCACCUGCUCAACGCCAACACGAUGUCGCCUGGGCGCAGGUCACGGGCUUCAUGGGACGGACGAGGCUUCGCUAAAGAACACAAAGGCUUUGGGUGGCCCCGUCGGCCGCUGGCUCCGAGCAUGUAUGUCCUUACGCGCGGGAGGAUCUCCCAUGUCGUGCCGCACCCACUACCUCCAAGCGUCUCCGCCGUACCACCAUACCGUGUCCUCGUGUGGUCUUCCCAGCCGACCGACGUCAGCUGCAGAGUAUGCAUGCCUUCGCGGGACGAGAACGGACCGCCGCCUUCCUGCAAUGGUAUCGAGGUCCAGGAAGCAGAACGCAAGGGAAAGAAGCGGGACGAUGAGCCGAUACGGGCAUCAGUAGACAUCGGUGGUGAUACUGGGUAUCUCUGUGUCGGCGGUCGCUGGAGUCGACCAUACUACGCCCUGACGCACAGAGUGCGUGCACACCAGGGCAUAUACGGCUGGGUGCGGAAGGGCCUCGAGGAUUGGCGGGUCUUCUGGGUAGGUGGUACCGGAGCAGUGCACGAGGACGAAGAUGACGAUUAUGUAUAA